GUUCACAUUAAAGAUAUAAACAUUUGGAAGUUUACAAACUACCUAUCAUAUAUGCACACAAAAUAACUGCAUGACUGCAGUUUUAUUCCUGUCCGAAGUUCAAAACCUUUCCAUCAAAAUGAACACUUGGUACAAUUGUGUCAUCAUGAAUAUUAAAAAAAUUAAGAAAUGAGACAUACUCGGGUAUAUAGUGCGAAGUCCAUAAUGGAACACAAGGGAAUAAAAUAAACACCUCGGGGUUAAAACUUUAGGGCAGCAAUGAAAAGAAUUACACAGCUGGACUGUUGAGUGUUUAGUGGGCCCUUAGGCGGCACUUCUCGCGGGAUUUCACUUGUACGAGUAGCCGGACGUUCGUACAACAAGCACUGAGUAAGCGCGCGGCGCGUUCGCGACUCCGGGCUGCCACAGCUACCGGGGCUGAGGCGGGAGCGCACAGAUCGUUUUCCGAAACUGUUACACUACUUAAACAUGUUUGGGAAAUAUCGACCAUUGAAACCUGAACUCAAACUUCAAGUCUGUAAAACUGAGUAUUAUUAUUCUAUAGCUUCACUAGUGGUAACAGGCUAGCCCAGACUUAGACUACAUCUUGUUCACAGUUCAGUCACAAGAAAAACAGGAAAAUGCAUCUUCCACUCUUUAAAAAAAGUCAUCAUUCCGAAACCCUCCACUAAGACACAUACAGCACAACGGAAAGCGCUACAAAUGGGAAAGGUUCAUUCUUCUCGAUCAAGAAAAUGAGUUCAUUCCGAUUUCGGUUGGUCCCCUCCUACGGUCCAAGUCUCCCUGGAAGAUGGAGUUCUUAGCACGUCCGCUGCGCGUACACGUAAUGAGAAUUUUCAGCAGGAGGAAAUCCAUCUCCCAGCCUCCACGGCUCUUCCCGUCUCUCCUCCUCCUCCCCCCUUCCUCCUGGUCCGCGAGACAGUCACAAGAUGGCCGACGUCGCCUGAAAAUCGUCUUCUCUGCAAUAUGAAAUCGUGAGUGAAGAGGAGAGUGAGGGAGCCACAUAAGGGGUUUUGUUUUUAUUUUAUUUUUGUUAUUUUUCUUUUUUCCCCCCCCCUUUUAACCACCACUUAAUUUCGCGUUACUUUCCUCUCCAUUUCUCGCCCUGACUUAGGCAGCACCAGGCUGACAUUUAGCUACGACGUUACGGUUUAACGAUCUCGCUACCUACUACUAGUCGGCUCGGCGGUAUGUAAUUCCCACCAGCAGUGCUUGCUAGGCGUGCGGGGUGCUUAGCUGGUCGAAUAACUACUGGCCUCGCUAGUCCAACUAGUAAAAAUCGUUGUGUGUAUCGACAUCAUCUCCUAUACGUUCGCAGACGCUAGUAGCCCCACUUACUUAGUUCCCUAUUUAGUUCGUAAACUAGACAAUUAAGUAGUAACUUUACCGUAGUUCAGUUGGUAACUGUGUACCUGUACUCAGUCGGUGACUAUCUAUGUAUGUAGCGGUCGGCGUGUAGGCGAUGCACGAAAAAUAAUCCCACACAGCUAGUUUAUAUUGUUGUAGAAAGCGAAGUGGUAGGUGGCGGGUUAGUUGGACGAGUUAGUGGAGCCCCGAGCGGAAUGGACACGCCACCAUAGCCCGAAUCGGUCACACUCGACUCGCACUCACUCAUCCUGGGCUGCCGGUGAACUGAAGUCGCGGAGCCACUCACUUUGUUAAAUUCGUCAAACUACUAGGGAAGCGGAAGGUUCACGAGAGAAUCGCUGCUGCACACGUGAGCGUCCUUCGAUGUUGUAGCGGCACGAAACUGCUAGUUCGGUGGGCACACACGAGUUCCGACGAAUCCUGAUUCCGUGCCGGCAGUAACCGCGCGGUUAACCGUUAGCUGUCAUUUCUGACGAGUUGCGUUUCGCGACGCGCAACGGCGUCGUGGUCCAGUUAGCUGCUUCGUUGGCGAGUCGUCCCAGGCUGAGGCUGCGGCUGCUCGGGCACUUUAGUUUAUACAGAACUUGUAGACGUGGGCUUCCCCCCCCCCGGUCGAGUCGGCACACGACGGAACGGCGACAAUGGGAGUUCAGGGCUUUCAGGAGUAUCUGGAGAAGCGCUGUCCGGGAGCUGCUGUGUCGGUGGACCUACUGAAACUCGCUCGGACCACAAGUCGGCCCCAGCCGCACCACCACCAUCACCACCACCACCACCCGAAUUCGAUGCCUCCGCCACCCCCGCCGGCCCGGGUUCUCAUCGACGCGGAUUCGGGCCUGCAGCGGCUCUACGGGGGCUACCAGACCGACUGGGUGUGCGGAGGCGAGUGGAACGCCAUGCUCGGCUACCUCGCCGCCCUCUCGCAGGCCUGCUUGUAUCAGGGCGGCCUUGAGUUGGUCGUCAUUUUUAAUGGCACUUUGGGAAAGGACCGCUGGCCGGAGUGGGCGCGGCGGGCCCAGGCGCAGCGGCAAACAGCGCAGCUCAUUGUGAACCACGUCGGCAGCAAAGGCACGCCGCCUCCGCGGGCAUGGUUUCUGCCCCCGGCGUGUCUCAGCCACUGCGUCCGUCUCGCGAUGCUGCGCUUCCGCGUACGGGUGGUACAGACCCUUGAGGACCAUCACCAGGAGGUACUUGCCCUGUACAGGGAUUUCGGUUUCCAGGGCUUGAUUGCCCAGGACUCAGAAUUUGCUCUAUGCAACGUUCCAGCCUACUUCAGCUCCCAUGCACUCAAGCUUUCCUGGAAUGGGAAGAACCUCACCACUCAUCAGUACCUGCUCUCUGAAGCAGCACGGCAGCUGGGUCUCAAAACCCACCACCUCCCAACUUUUGCUGCCCUCUUGGGGAAUCACAUUUUGCCAGAUGAAGAUUUGGCUGCCUUUCACUGGAGUCUGCUCGGCCCAGAACACCCACUGGCCUCUCUCAAGGUCAGGGCUCAUCAGCUAGUUCUCCCACCUUGUGAGGUUGUGAUUAAGGCUGUGUCUGAGUAUGUCUCCUCAAUCAAGGACCUAGGGAACCUUGAUGCUGUGGCCAGGGAUGUCUUCAAACAGUCUCAAUCGAGGACAGAAGACAAGAUGGAGAGGUUUAAGAAAGCAGUGGAGUAUUUCUCAGCAGCCAGUAAACCUAGGCCACUCUCCAUGGGACCCUCGCCAUACCUCUUCCCAGGCUUCAGUUCAGGCCAGUUUGGGGGUCCCACUGCACACAUGGGAACCAUACAGCCUGGAAAGCCUCAGUUCACCCCACACCAGGUGACAGGUGGCAAGGUGCCUUAUCAUGGUGCGCCAUAUGGACCUGGCUCCACUCCUGGCCCAGCACUCUUGUUCCAGAAUCCACCACCACCCUUGCAAGACUGCAAUGAUUCAUUGGUUGGAAAAACAGGCUUUGCAGAUUGGUCAGCUCCUUAUGACUCUUCUCAAGGAGGAGCCAGACUACCCAAUCAUCAUACAGCUGCUCCAUCAGGCCAGUCCCCUUCGCCAUCCUCCUCCUCUGAUGGGGAAGAACAAAAUGACACCAGCACAAACCAUUUAGCAGACAAGUCCUCCAGGUGGGAGGAUCUUGGGGGACGUGGGGGUGGAACUGCAUCAGGUGAUGGUCCCAAUAGUAAUGGCAGUGGUCCAUCAAUUCCAUCGCUGCUUUCCAUGGCGACACGAAGUCACAUGGACAUCACCACACCUCCUUUGCCACAAGUGAGCGCCGAGGUGCUAAGGGUGGCUGAACACAGACACCGGAGGGGUCUCAUGUACCCUCAGAUUUACCACAUUCUCACCAAGGGGGAGAUGAAGAUGCCAGUGUGUAUAGAAGAUGACUGCAACCCUGACCUCCCCCCUGCCUCGCUGCUAUUCCGGUCAGCCCGGCAGUACGCCUACGGAGUGCUGUUCAGCCUGGCAGAGACUCAGAGAAGGCUGGAGAGGGUGGCAAUGCGCAAGAGAACCCCAGUGGAGGUGCCGCCAGUGAUAGUGAAAGAGUGGUGUGCCAGCAAGGCCAAGUCAGCUCUCACCCCGGAGCUGGUGCCGGCAUUGUGCUUCCGGGAGUGGACCUGCCCCAACCUGCGGCGCCUGUGGUUGGGACGUGCCUCGGAGGACCGCAGUCGCCGCACUCGGGCCUUCCUGGCCUGCAUGCGCUCCGACUGCCCUGCUAUGCUCAACCCCGCCAACGUGCCCUCACACCUGCUGCUCAUGUGCUGUGUGCUCAGGUAUAUGAUGCAGUGGCCAGGAGGUCGGAUCCUGCAGCGCCACGAGCUGGAUGCCUUCUUAGCACAAGCUGUGUCCAGCCAGCUGUAUGAGCCUGACCAGCUGCAGGAGCUCAAGGUGGAGAAGGUGGACAGCCGGGGUGUGCAGCUGGCUUCCCUGUUCAUGAGUGGUGUGGACACAGCACUAUUUGUAAAUGACGUGUGUGGGCAGCCCCUGCCUUGGGACCACUGCUGCCCCUGGGGUUUCUUUGAUGGCAAGCUGUUCCAAAUUAAAUUGGCCCGGGCGGCCCGGGACCGGGGUGCCCUGCUGGACCUGUGUGAAGGCCAGGAAGAGCAGGUGUCUCGAGUGGAGAAGAUGCGUCAGGCUAUUUUGGAGGGCAUCAAUCUGUCUCGUCCACCACCUCCCCCGCCACCCCUGCCUCCUCCAGCAUUCUUACCCCCUGCCAUGGUACCACCUUUUUACCCAAUGCCCCCCAUCUACCCACCUCGGCCCUUGGGCUCUUUGCCCCCUCCACACCACCCGCAUCACCACCAGCACCCAUCCCAGCAUAGGCCACGUACUUUCCCAGGCAUCCAAUCCAUCCCCCCUCAGGGAGGAAAGCUGGAAAUAGCAGGCAUGGUGGUAGGCCAGUGGGCCGGAAAUAAGCCUGCUCGUGGGAGGGGUGGGUUCAACAUGCAGGUGGUGUCUGUUGGAGGGAAGGGUAGGGGGAAGGAUAUGCCAGUUAAAGGAAGAGGAGGGAAGAAAAUAACCGUAAACAGACCACAGACUUUUUCCUCUGCACCACCCUCCAUCAGCCCUCCGAAAUCUGCUGAAGAAACCAAGGGGGCAGGAAGACUUUGUGUUGGAGAAGUUGCUGAAGGUAUGCCUCAGCAUUUGAAUGGCAGCUCUCCAGCACCAACCGUUGCCCAAACUCUAGAACCCCCACCUCUGGCCCAGCCAAUCCAGUGUGCCUUAGCCAGCAGAGACAACCAAUCAGGAGAAGGGGUGGAGACAGAGGCUCCCUGUUGCCUUGAUGAAUGCCCAGCAGAUGGGGCUCUACAGAAAGAAGAGUGAACUCAGCCUAAAAUGUAAUGUUGGAGGGAGGGGAAACCCUAACAAUGCCUUUACCAUACAAAUUUAUAUUUGGGCUACUAUAACCAUUUUGGCAGCCAUCUCAUGGUACCUUACGUGCUUAUCUGUUUAAUUUUAGAUUUUGGAGUUAAGCUAUUAUAUUGAAUAAUAAGAACUGAAACACUUUUUCCAGCUGUGAUCGCCAGCAAGAAUAUUUGAUUUGCAAUUCCAGUAUGACCUCUUGUUCUGAUUGGCUUUUACAUUUACAUGUUGUUGUUAGGUGCCGUCAAGUGGAUGGCGACUCUCUAGAUAGUUUUAGAUUUACAUAGCAAAAUGAAAUUUUGGAACUGCCCAUCAUCGAAAUUGAAAUGGCCUAAAAAAGACUGGAGGACAGAUGUUAAUCUGUUCAAAAUGGUUACAGUAGUCCUUUAAUUCCAAAAUAUAGCAAACCAUAACCAACUUAAGACACAUUUUUCAUAAAGCCCUCUAUUCUAGAACGGUACAGCAAAGUUGCCAAUACAAUACAGUAAAGAACUGCAGUACAUGUAUGAACAGAACUGUUAAGUAUUGAGGGUCACUAAUUCCGUACUGUGUUGCUCUUUUCUGUAUUGUGUGGGGCCUGUGAUGUGGGAAGAUAAUACGGUAAAAAAUGUAGUGACUAUUAAUGUCACAGAUUGAAUACACACAAAGUAUCAAUCAGGAGUAGGUAUGUUUUUAUGUAACAUGUAAGCUACAGUCUCACUGAGUCUAAUGAAAGACUUAUUUUUUGAGAUGUGGAAGAGUAUUAGAAGCACUUGAGUGGACUCAAUGAGGAGAAAUGAUACAUUUUAGAAGAGAGAUAAAUAACUGAAUGUAUUGAAUGGUAAAAGUAGUUUAACAGCGUAAAUUCAAGUGUGGUUUCUUUCCAGUUAACUCCUGACAUUUCGCAGCCGCUUUUCAAACACUAUAGCUCUGCGACAAUCAAACUUGUCCUCAGCCUAACACAGCCACGACCAUACAUUCUAAUAGUGCAACGUUAAAUGAGGUCUGCACCAGUUAAACAAACCCAGGAAACCAGAUUUCCCAUUUACCGUUUUCUUGCACCUUGCUCACUGAAUUAUUUUAAGGCAUCUUUAGCCGUUUUGCACAAUGGCAAAUUUAUUUUUUCAGUGUAGUUAUUAAUGUCACCUUUAACUUUAAUGUAUAGUGACAGAAAAUGUACUCAUUGCUUUAAGAACUCAACUUAUUUUGUUAAACAAGGUAGAUGACAGUAUAUAAUGCUAGUUUAUCCAGCCAUCUAUUGGUAAAUAGCUGGCUUAAAUAUGAACUUUUAAUUUCAUUAUGUAAAACAUUACAUUAUUAUUUCUAAAUGUCCAAGACGAUUUAAUACAGAUUUGAUUAAGAUAUAUAUUUUUAAAGUAUCAUUGAGAUUAACAUAAGAAAUUUGAAAUGAUAGAAAGGUUACGCAAAUCAGUUUGAAUGUGAGAACAAAGUGAUUUAAUAGAAACAUUUUGUUUUAAAACCAGUGUGCCUGGUUGGGUCUCUACCAGGAUAAAAUAAGAGGCUGUUUUUAAAAUUAAAAAAAAAAAAAAAUCAGAAACUAAAGUAG